GGCGUGUUUUGCACCGGGUGAAAGUUGAUUUCAUUCGUUUUGGAUCCUGGCUGCUUUUCGGGUUGAGUCAGUUGCCCCAUUCCAUUCCAUUCACAGCGAAGUCGACUCAAAACAAAGUGAUGUAGGAGCACAUGCAGUUAUGAGUCGCAUUCUGUGUUUUCACAUGCAAAAGUGAUUUAUCUGCCUUCCCAAUGAAAACGAUUUAGAAAAGAGAUGUAGGUCUCUGGACGAUGCACCAUGCUGUUUUGUUGACAAAAUGACCGAGUGGCGUAGAUGACUUGUUCGACUUUAAAGGGCCUCCUCCCUUGACGUAACCUUUCCCCGGUGGCUCGGCGUAAUGAAACCGGCCACAGCUUGGCAGACUGUCACAUGAAGCCCUUCCCCCAGCGAAAUGGCAACGGGCUGGCAAGCUUUAGCUAUUGAGCAAGCCGAAUUGAUAUCCAGUCGUCUCAGAGAGCUGUUAUCCUCCGGGGAGGGAUAUAUCCGAUCGGAGUUUGGGGUGGAAUUGGGACUGACGCCUGAGCUGUACCCGUUAUGGGUGAUCCUUUCCGCCGCGGUGGUGGUGCUGGUUCUGUCGUGGGCCGCGGUCUGUGGCGGACUCUUCGGUGGGAAAAAGCUAGGAGCUCCGGUUACACAAGACAGUGGCGAUUCCCUCAAAGGCCAAGUGAAUAAGAUUGUGAAGCCCGAGGCACAAAAGAAGAAGACUAAAAAGAAAUCUACUGAAAAGAAGUCUCAGUAUAAUGGACGAACAGUGUCAGAGCCGCAGGAGGAAGAGAGAGAAGAAAUUACCCAACCAUCCCCAGAGAUUAAAACUGAGGUGAAGAAAACCAAGAAGAAAGCGAAACCCGAGGUGAAACCAGCCGAGACGGUUUCUGCUGGCGAUGGCAAAGAGCCUGAUGAUGGUGCGUGGCAGACUAAGGUGAGUAACCGGGAGAGGCGGAAGCAGAAGAGGAAGGAGAAGGGUCCUGACGGGUCAGGAAGCACGGAGGGGGUAACACACCACCAGGUGGAACAGCCCCCUCUAACCGCCCCGGUCCGCAGGAAGAACAGAGAGCCCCUGAGGACCAGGAAAGGAGAUUCUAUCAUGACACCAGUGUCCAGCAGCUGUAGAGAGGAGCCGUCAGUGAAUGGUGGAGGGUGGACAGAUAUCGCCACGAAGCUGCCCGCCCAUUUAAGCUCUUCAGACGGGGAGAAGUGGCCGGCCAUCUGUAAAGGACCCUAAAGAACUCAGAACCCACCUGGGGACAGGACACAGAAGAAAUAUCCGACCCGAGCUUUGACGUUCCCAAGCCGUCCCAGAAGAAGAAGGAAAGAGACAUUAAGUAGAGAAACAAGACCCAUAUGAA